AUGCUCCAACAAUCCAGAUGGUUUGGUACUCUUCUCCGUCUAAACGUUCAAACAAACCAACAUAAUUAUUAUUCUAAUCAUAAUUUAAUGCUGAGACACGUAUACUUAAAAUGCGUUUACUUACCAUUCCUAAAGAAAAAAACCUUGAAUGCUAACAGAAAUUAUUCGACUGAUAUAACCUAUAAAAAUGGAAUAUUUACAGUUGGGCAAAUUAAGAAACACAAGAAUUUUAGAAAAUUCGAUAAUGUCUGUUACUUUUCAUCUCAAACAACAAUGUUACCCUCGCAAUCGCAAAUUGUUAUUGCGGGCGCGGGAACAGUUGCCAAUUCAGUCGCUUAUCAUCUUGUUAUUAAUGGAUGGAAUGACAUACUCGUCCUAGAACAAGAUAGAAUUGGAACCGGAACAUCUCACUUUGGUUCAGGCACGCUUGGUCUUUUUAAACCAAUAUCGCAUAGAAAUUUGAUUUCCUACAGUAUUAAAUUAUAUCAACAACUACACGAAAUGGGAUACGAUAUUGGACUAAAACAAUGUGGUAGCAUAAACUUAGCUCAAAGUAAAGACAGAAUGAUAGCUUUAAAACGAAGAAUGGCUUAUAAUGUCCCUACCGGUUUAUACUGCGAAGUAUUGGGAAGAGAACAACUAAAACAAUUACAUCCUUAUUUGAAUAUUGAGGACAUUGAAGGUGCAGUCUGGGUACCUGAAGAUGCAGUAGCCGAUUCUAGCGCAAUCUGUAAUGUCUUAGCUAAAUUAGCGAAAAUUGGAGGCGCGAGAUAUAUUGAAAAUUGUAGAAUAGAAGAAGUACACACUGAGAAUGGAGCUGUGAAAAGUGUAAAAACUGAACAUGGUGUAAUUUUAUGCGAAUAUUUUGUCAACUGUGCAGGAAUGUGGGCACGCGAAUUAGGCUUACGAUGCAGUCCACCAGUUAGAAUUCCAGCAUACCCAGCUGAACAUUUUUAUGCAAUUGCUUAUCCUUUUUUACCAAAUUCAAAUACAACUUUACCAUGUAUACGAGAUUUUGAUUCACACUCUUACAUGAGAGAAUGGCACGAAAGUUUACUAGUUGGCUGGUUUGAACCAGAAUCAAAACCUGCGUUUGAAAAUGGUACUGUUCCUACAAAAAACUGGAAAAAUUAUCUUAAAAAUGAUCCAUCACAUUGGACACCACUAUGGGAUAAAGUGGUACAUAGGCUACCAAUUUUAAAGGACAUCAAACCAGAUGUAUAUAACUGUCCUGAUAAUUUUACACCAGAUGGUAGGUGGAUAUUAGGAGAGAGUCCAGAAGUAAAAAACUAUUUUGUUGCUGUUGGCAUGAAUGGAAAUUCUUUACAAGGGGCAGGAGGAAUAGGUAAAGAAGUUGCAGAGUGCUUAAUAAAUGGUGAAUCUACGCAAGAAUUACUUCCCUUCAAUGUACAGAGAUUUCUAGACUUACAUAGCAGUAAACAGUAUUUACAACAAAGAACAAAGGAAAUAGUUGGUAGAAAUUAUGCAAUCCUAUAUCCUCAUCAAUGCGAGUAUAAAUAUGCUCGAAAGUUACGCUGUUCGCCUUUAUAUUCUGUUCUCGAAGAUAGAGGUGCAAUUUUUGGUGUCAAAAUGGCUUAUGAGCGACCACUUUAUUUUGAUUCGACUUAUAGAAGAGGACAAAAGAAGCCAGUCAUGCCACCAGGAAGCUUUUACAAACCCAAGUUCUUUGAUUUUAUAAAAGAAGAAUUUUUAGCAUGUAAAGAAGGAGUAGGAAUCAUAGAUAUGAGUUCAUUUUCUAAAAUCAAAAUUAAAUCUAGUCAUUUGGAAGUUGUAGAAUAUCUUCAGCAAUUAUGUUCUAAUGACGCAAAUAUACCAGUUGGUGGUAUAGUACACACAGGAAUGCAAAAUGAAAGAGGUGGAUAUGAAAAUGAUUGUCUCUUAGUGAGACAGUCAGAAAAUAGUUACUUUAUGGUUUCGCCUACAUCACAACAAACACGCAUUUACCAAUGGAUGUCGAGACAUUUACCAGCAGAUCACUCGGUAGGCCUUAAUGAUGUAACUUCAAAGUAUACUGUUAUUAACUUAGUAGGACCUAAAGCAACAGGACUACUGUCAGAACUGUCGAAUUCUAACAUUAAUCUUUCUCCAUUCACAUAUAAGACUGCAAAUGUAGCAUAUGCUUCUGAUGUAAUGAUAAUGUCAUUCACAAAUACCGGUGAAUCUGGUUAUUGUUUAUACAUACCUACAGAGUAUGCACUUCACGUAUACUCUAGGUUAAUGGAAGUAGGCAAAGAUUAUGGUGUUCGAGAUGUAGGUGUACUCACACAACGUUUCAUGCGAAUAGAAAGGUUUAUUCCUUUCUGGGCUGAAGAAUUAACACCAUUUGUUACUCCGUAUGAAGCUGGAUGUGGAUACAGUGUAAAACUAAAUAAAGAAUAUUUUAUUGGGAAAUUUGCUUUACAACAUCAGAAAGAACAAGGUGUGACAAAACGAUUAGUAUUAUUUGUCGUUAAUGAACUGGAUAUAAACAAAGAUGUAUGGCCCUGGGGUGGUGAGCCUGUUUAUCGAAACAAUGAAUUUGUAGGAACUGUUACAUCAGCAGGGUACGGUUUUGCAACAGAAAAGCAUAUUUGCCUUGGUUUUAUCAGCUCUCCUAGUCCAAGGCACAUGCAACCUGAUGCAAAUAUUGUUACAACAGAUUUUAUAAUGGAUCCGACAGCCCGUUACGAGAUCGAUAUCGCUGGCACCAGAUUUCCUGCUAAACCUCACAUUCAUCCUUUACCUAUACCUGCAUUAAGUAAUAAAAUAAACAAAAAAUAUACUCCUACCCCUGUUAUUACUUAUGAGAGUGACGUGUCUCGUUAAUA